ACUGGUUGGUGGUACUGCCAACGUCGCCUAUCACCUCCCCAGCCCCGGCCCCGAUCACAAAGACGGCUGCUUUGGAGGUAUGCAGUUUCUCAAAAUAGGGGCGAGAUGAAAAAUAAAACCGUUUUACUAUUGUCUAUGUAAAAAAAUAACCCUUUUCCCUGGACAAUACUUAAUUUGCUUGUAGGCUAAUUAUCUGGAUAGUCGGGAGAACUGCAGAGGUGCACAAAGGCCCCGGGAAGAGAUGUCAUCAUCUCUCUGGUUGGAGGAGCCGGCACGAUUUUGCCCCAGCGUUGAGAUUGACUCCAGCUCUUGCAUGAGGAAGAAGGCAAGAGUGAGUUCACGGGGCUGGAUGAAGCAGGAGAAUGACCAGGAAGCGGUUCAGUGGGAAACCAUGACCUCUGGGACAACCAGCGAUGUGGAGCAGGACAACACACUGAGCAGCGCAGUGUCCACGCUGUCCCCGGCUGAAGGGCUGCCCCCCAGCGUGAUGCUGACCAUCACCAAGCUGCAGUGCCUGCUGGAGAGCAAGCAGGAGCGCAUCAGCUUCCUGGAGCGGCAGGUGGAGGACCUGCAGCAGGACCGCAAGUUCCUGCGCUCCCAGAUCGAAAACCUCACCAGCGUCCGCUCACCGGCCGGUGCCACUGCCUCCACCGCUGAAGAUUCGAAACAAGGGAAGCUGCUGUAUUCCGACCCCAAGCCCAGAAAGAGGUCAAGGGUGGAGUUGUCCUGUUCCUCCUUCAGCAGCGAGAGCGGCUCGGAGCAGUCCGCCUGCACGCUGACCUCAGGGACCUCCAGCGACAUGAAGCGAAAGAGACAUCACAGGGAAAGGAGGAGAGGGAAGAAAGGAAAAGACUACAGCCGGAAGAGAGCCACCGGGGUGCAGUACGUCAUCCACCGCUACAAACAGGUACUCUCCGCUUUCAACAAGAAGAAGAGCAUGAGCGGGGCCUUCCGACACUACGGCAUCGAUCGGAACACCAUCGCCAACACAGCCCCCAUUGCCGAGCUCUACCUGGCUGCCAAGGACAACCUUCACCUGGUGGGACUGUUCCACCCCCGCGAGGAGACGUUAGUCAAGUACGCGCAGAAGUGCGCCUUUCUCAUCGAGAGCGACGAGGGCCUGUCCAGGAAGAUUGAGCAGAUGAAGGCCACUGGGGAGCUCCUGCCAAUAACGGCCAAGAAGUCAAAAAACCACUCCCUUCUCAGUGGCCUGCAGGGCGACUCCUGUGGCAUUAUGGAUAACGUAGGGUGACAAAACCUCACGUCAUAUUCCUGAUUUUCUUGUGAUGGCUCUGGAGGUUUUUUCCUUAUUCUAGCUGAGAGCGUUCAGCUGCGUAUAUGUACCAGACCUGGGUCACAUACCUAAUUGUUUUGGAUUCAAAUACUUUUCUGCACUUGAUUGGCCUUGCCUGGUGCAACCAAGAGGACCAGAAAGCGGUGGUGUACCAUUUUUGAGAGUAUUUCAUAGGUUCUACACACCAGAAAAGUGCAGAAAACUCUUUGUAUCCAAAACAAUUAUGUAUUUGACCCAGGUCUGAUAUGUACAGACACAAAUCUAUGUAUACACACUGUGAACUUCAAAUGUAGCCUUCCCCCUUUAUCCACCAUCAUAAUUAAAAUGACUCAACAGAAGGCAAGUUUACCACCAGCAGUAUUGUUGCACAAUUUUGCCUCUUUUGAAAGUAAUAAUCAGGUAUUUUCACUGCCCAAUCUACUGCAAUCAAUAUGUUGCGGGUCUUCCGUUGUCUUUAACUGUUAGCCUGAUCUGAUCUGCUGAUAUUGUGUGAGAUUCAGGCAUCUCUCAUUUUCAUUCUACUUCCUGCCAUAGGUUCUUCAGCACAUUUGUGUGAUUCAAGCUCUUCAGCUUUGAACAGAAAUAUUCAGGAUGAAGUCUAUACAGAGCAACAUAGUGACCAUUCCCCUAUCCCAGCAGAGAUAGCCCCUGAUGAAAUUGUAGUGGAUGUUUUUGAUUAGGAUGUUUUUGGAUAACUUGUUUUUCACAAAACAAAGAACACUACUAAGCAAGGUGAACAAGGUCUAUAGCUGAACUUCUCUUGACAUCCACAAAGUGUUUUAGGUAUUUUUUUAGUUAAUUGCAAGUUGCAAGAAUAAACAUCACAUAUAUUUUUCUCCUUUUUAUUAUUUUUCAAAUAUAUAUUCUGUCGUGAAUUGGCAUCACCAAACCUUUACUUUUCACAAAUUUUCCAAAUAUAUGAUUCUUCAGUAAAAAGGCAGUUUUUGUAGCAUGGAAUAAAGUUGGUCCUUGAUGCAUUUGGAGGUCAUAGUGUGUAUGAGUAUGAAUGUAUAUAUUAGGCAUGUGCUUUUGGCUCAGAUUUUCUGGUCAGUCAGUGGGGCCAAUUCUUAUUUGUUGACUGUCAAAACAUAACAUGAUUAUUAAGCUUGGGCCACACGCCAAGUCAAUUAAUGGUGUUUGAAUAAGAUAGCUGCAUCAAAGCGGACAUUUGAACUUGUGUAUCAAUCUAAUGUAGACUAAUGGGCAGUUAGCUGAACUGUAUCUUAUAAAACAUUAAAAAAUAACCAUGCAUUGCGUUAAAACAUAAAUUUAAUUCUUUAUUGAUACAAAAUGAUUGGGUGUAUUUAAACAAUUUACAACUCUGAAAGAUGACACCAGACUGCUUCUUAGCCUAUAGCCAUGCUCACACAGAGCUGAGUCAGAGGAAAACAUUUCUUGCGGAGCUUUGGCAAGCAGUCCCCCGGCUUUCAGUGCAGUUUGCUGGAACUGUGGAGGGGCAUGUUGAGUUUCUGCUUUUGGCAGUGCCACCAUUGUUGAGAUCAUUGUUCAUUUCUUGUGGGUGCUUAUUUUUGAUGUAAUUGAGAAUAACUCUACAAUGCAGAUAUGGUAGCUCUACUGUACAUAUCAAAAUGUCCUUUACACUAAGGAUACAUGGUAAUAUCGGAGUUGUAUCAGUAUCAGCCGAUAAAGCCAUCAAACUAACAUACUGGUAUCGUCCCAAUGUUAAGAUUUUGGUUGAUAUGAUGACAUGACAUACAUGCACCUUUUAAUACACUGCUCAUAGUGUAUCUCAUGCUCAAAUAGUUGCCUAGUCAUAGUCAUCUGAAUCUGAAUUCAAUUUAUAAUUUUUUACCAGCCAAACACAUCAGAGAAGCUAUACAGACAUUGUAGCUCUCUAGACGCAUACUCUGCUUAAGCAGAAAGAAGUUUAUUUAUUUCCUUCAUAAGUUGAUGUUGUGCCCAUCUACUACUCCCAUGAAUGUGCAAAAUUGGUUGCAGUUCACAUUUGUGCUGUAAGAUGAAUCAGGUCAGCAUAUUUCAAACUUGGUGUUUCCAUAAUUUAAUCUUGUUCGUCUUCUACUUUUUUGCAAAACAUGCAAAUUACACUUCUUUUUUACUCUUUUUUACUCUUUUGAGUUGACUAAUAUGUGCACUGCAUCACCACUUCAGUCUUUGUCACAUGGAAUUCUUAAAGUCAGAUUACUGUCAUUUUAUAUUUCACUAUUUUUUCUUGUAAUAUUAUUCCAGAUGACACUGAGUUCUUGAACUUAAAAAAAUUAUAAGAAUUUUUGUAGACCUGUAUGAAAGCUGUGAAAAACUGAUUCAUUUUAUUUUUUGGGGGGGUUGCAGACAGGUCCUUAAAGCAUUUUCUUGUGAAAAAGACGGUUGAUCUGAUUUAGAACUUGGCUGCGGGUAGUAAAAAAGAAAAUAAUUAUAAAAAAGUGUCACCACAAUACUGUUAUUCACAAGUAAAACAAGAUUCGGGAGUAAAAUGUAAAAUGUUGCAAUAAUGGUUUGUCCUGGGGUAGAACCAUUUUUAUCAGUCAUACAAUAAGGGUCAUUUACAUGCACUUUCCCUUUGGACUCAGGUGUACAGCAAUUAAUGCAGGUGGGAAAGUCCCUAUUCCUAGUUUGUGGCUCUGUGUUGCUGAGUUGACACACACCAAUCUCAAUGGAAAUUUUCAGCAUUGUUCAUUAUGCAUGGACACAUUACUGCAUAGGGCAUUAUGUUACAAUUCAGUAAUAAAAACAUAUCCGAAAACAACUUCGUUGCCGUGGAAUAUCCACUAGAGGGUGCUGCAUUCAUAAUAUGUGAAUCUUGUUCACAUUUUUAGAAAAACAAAUGUGGGCUUUUUAUUUUUGUAUUUACAAAAUGGUGGACAAUUUUGGGAUUUCUAGAUACUGAGCUGCCAUGAUAUUUUUUAGGUUACGUCUUUUAAAUACACGUGUGUAAUGUGUCAGUGUCAUUGAGUUUUGAAUGUAGAAUAGGUUUAACAUCAGCUUAGAAGAGAUAUAUAUGUGCUUUGUUUUGUGGUUACUGUAGGUAUGUAUCUGCCUGUGUGGAUAUUAAUGAACUUGUUUGUAUUUAACUGCUUUAUUUUGCAGCUUGUCAGAGGAAAGAUAACUGUAAAGGCAUACAUUUUGUAAGUUAAAUUCUAGUUUAUUUUUUAAAUCGUGUUACAUUUUUGGGUAUAUUUAUUUCAAAUGAUCUGCAAGUUGGACAGUAUACACUCACUGAGCACUUUAUUAGGGACACCUAAUAUUAUUAGGUACACCUACUUAUUCAUGCUAUUAUCUAAUCAGACAAUCGUAUGGCAGCAGAGCAAUGCAUACAAUCAUGUAGAUACGGGUCAGGAGCUUCAGUUAAUGUUCACAUCAACCAGAAUGGGGAACAAAUGUGAUCCAAGUGACUCAGACCAUGGAUUGUUGGUGCCAGACAGGGUGGUUUGAGUAUCUCAGAAACUGCCGAUCUCCUGGGAUUCUCACGCACAACAAUCUCUAGAGUUUCCAUAGACAGGUGCGUAAAACCAAUAACAUCCAGUGAGCAGCAGUUGUGGGAAGGAACACCUUGUUAAUGAAAGAGGUCAGAGGAGAAUGCCCAGACUGGUCAAAGGUGACAGGAAGGUGACAGUAACACAAAUAACCACACAUUAUAACAGUGUUAUUCAAAAGAGUACCUCUGAACACACAACGUGUCAAACCUCUUCAGUGGAUAGGCUACAGGAGCAGAAGACUUAAUAAGUCUAAAAAAUAAGUCUAAUAAAUACCUAAUAAAGUUCUCACUGAGUGUAGUAUUUGAAAAUGUGAUAACUGACAACUUUAUAUCUUGCUUCCAUGUAAAUAUUUUUCAUUCAAUCAAUGGAUUGUUAAGUAUGAUGUACUGUAGUAUAUUUGUCUAGAGGAUUAGUGUGAUUUUCAUGGACUCCGGUGCCAGUAAUAUACUGCUGUCUGUAUAUGUACUACCAAUCAGAUUGCCUUUUACAGCAGAAGGGACUGUUUUUUUCUAGCAAACCUAUGAUUUCCCUGUUUAGAAUUUUAACACACUACUACUAAUUGACUUUGCCUAAUACUGUUAGUAUUAGUAUCAAUAAUAACGUGCAUGAAAGUUUUUAUUUGGAUCUCCUUUUUUUAACAUUAAACACAUAUUUGAAUUAUGAGUGGCUAAUAAAACCCUCAGCAACUUUGUUUUCAAAUUCUAAAUGGGAAAUUAAAACUUUACCUCAUUAGGUACUGGUGGCACUGUUCUCGUGAGAUUUGUUGCAAUAUUGAAUUUAAAUGUUGUAAAUCCCUGUAGAGUAUAUGGGUUCUUUCUUACAUUUGUUGUAGGCUAUUUGAGGAAAUAAUGAAUUUGUCUGAUGGUGGAUGUCUUUUGACUGCGGUGUUAAAUGUUUUAGAACUGGAAAUGAUGUUUCUGCUUCAUGUAUACUUAAUUUGCUCUCUACAAAAACUUUUGAAAUCUAAACCAAUUCCGUAUUUUAUGUUUUCCUUUUUGUGUGUUUCAAAUAAAUGGACUUACAAAUGGUGAUAA